UCAGGUUAGUGCCCGCCGCGGUGCUGCGCUCGGGCUUCCGAGCGGCGCUGGGCGAGCCCGAGUCCCUCCGCGCCCCGCGACCGGGGGGGUCCGCACAGGGGUCACUGCGCCAGCACCGCCAGCCACGGACAUGGACAUGAAGAAAAGGAUCCACUUAGAGCUGCGGAACAGGACGCCCUCAGAUGUUAAAGAACUCGUUCUGGACAACUGCAGGUCGUACGAAGGCAAAAUCGAGGGCCUCACGGAUGAGUUUGAGGAGCUGGAAUUCUUAAGUACAAUCAACGUAGGCUUAACCUCAGUUGCAAACUUACCAAAGUUAAACAAACUUAAGAAGCUCGAGCUGAGCGACAACAGAAUCUCAGGAGGCCUGGAAGUGUUGGCAGAAAAGUGUCCAAACCUCACACAUCUAAAUCUAAGCGGCAACAAAAUUAAAGAUCUCGGUACAAUAGAACCUCUGAAAAAGUUAGAAAACCUGAAGAGCUUAGACCUGUUCAACUGCGAGGUCACCAACCUGAACGACUACAGAGAAAACGUGUUCAAGCUCCUGCCCCAGCUCACGUACCUCGAUGGCUACGACCGGGACGACAAGGAGGCGCCGGACUCGGACGCCGAGGGCUACGUGGAGGGCCUGGAUGACGAGGAGGAGGAUGAGGAUGUCUUAUCUCUAGUGAAAGAUCGGGACGACAAAGAAGCGCCGGACUCGGACGCCGAGGGCUACGUGGAGGGGCUGGACGACGAGGAGGAGGAUGAGGAUGAAGAGGAGUACGAUGAUGAUGCUCAGGUAGUAGAAGAUGAAGAAGAUGAGGAGGAAGAGGAGGAAGGAGAAGAGGAGGAUGUGAGUGGAGAGGAGGAGGAGGACGAGGAAGGCUACAACGACGGCGAGGUGGACGACGACGAGGAUGAGGAGGAGCCCGAGGAAGAACAGGGACAGAAGAGGAAACGAGAGCCCGACGAUGAAGGGGACGAGGACGACUAAACUGAAGAACCUAUUUUGAAAUUUUCCUAUUGUGAUUUGACUGUUUUUACCCUGUAUUUCCCCUCCCCUGCACCCCCAACCCCUUUUUUUUUUUUUUCUUUUUCUUUUAUUUUGUUUUUUUUCUGAUUGUAAUGUUGCUGUGGGAACGAGAGGGAGAAGCAGAGACUGGGUGGGCAAGGGAAUAAAAUACUAUUUUUACUGCCACUCCUCCUCCUAUUCAUUGGAAAUUUCUUUUCUUUUUAAAAUCCCUUCCUUUAGUCCCUGUAACUGCAAUAGUUUGAGUAUAAACCAAGUGGUAAUUUGUUUCUUAUUCUUGGAGUGGAUAACUUUGCCACCCGGAAGGAAAAUAAGGAUCCAAAAAAAAAAAGCUGGAGCCCGGUGGCUCAUCCCUCAUCCCCCAAAUCCCACACUUGGAGACGGUGGCGGAGGUUGGGAUUUUCCCACUCGUUAAAUAAACACCCAACAAGCAUUUUUUGGGGGGGAAUGCUGCUGGAAUUCGAGGCAGGGCACCAUCCCUCCACAGCAACAGGGUGAGAAUGGCAUCUUGCUCCGUGCUUUUCCUUUCCCCCCGGGAAUGACUGCCAUUUUCAGCCACUUUUCCCUGCUUUUUGGAGCUCCUUUGGCUUGUUUUUUUUUUGUUUUGUUUUGUUUUUUUGCUCUUUGUAAAUAGUGACCAAAUGUUUUCCUUGGGCUUGUUUUUCUUUUUGGGGUGUUCCUUUGGAUCUGCUUUGGGGGGUGAAUUUGCAAUCCCUGCCCUGUGUGUUGUGUGGUUUUUUCCUUUUUCCAUUUGUUUUUAAUUUUUUUUGGAGGGGAGGGAAGGGGAGUUUUUGUUUUGUUUUGGGUUUUUUGUUUUGUUUUGUUUUUUUUUUGGCUGAGGUGCAGCCAAGACACUGAAAAUGGCAGGCAUUUAAAUAUAUAUAUAAAUAUAUAUAAAAAGUGUUCCUAAUUCCUGAGUUACUAGUGAGAUGAAUUUGACAAUUGUAAUAAAAAAAAUGUUCCAACCCUUUUAAAUAAGGUGUGUACUAUUUUGGUCUGUAAUAUAUAACACCAAUAGAGUCGAUUUUAAGUGAUGAGAAACUACUUCCACUUGUGCUCUAUACUUGGAAAAAAGACUUUUUACACCCCUAAAUCCAGGAGGCAGUUCAGCAUGUAGGGUAGGAGGUUUCUUUUCAUACACUCAAGCACGAGAUACUAAUUAAAAUUGUAUUUUCUUACCUAGUGGAAGUCAGUAAAAUGACUGAAAAUGCCUAGUGAAUGUACAGUUUUACUUUCAUAUCCCUCUUUAAAAAUAGCUUUAGAAGUGACUUGUAUUUCCUAGUCAAUAUUUCAUCUGUAUAAAUACAUUUGCAACAGGUUUUGGUUUUUGGGUUUUUUUUGGUUUGUUUCGUUUGUUUUUUUGUUUUUUUUGUUUUUUUUUUUUUCCCAGAAGAGCCAAACUUUGAGUUUUAUGUCUGUUUGUCAUUGAUGAAUUUCAAUAAAUCUUUUUAUACAA